CCACUGUAUAAAAAACUCGCUUGAAAUCCAUUUUUUUGUCAUUAAGAUUUUUGUUAUUUAACCUUUCACACUAAGGGGUGUUCGUUAAUUGAGUUACCACUGUAUAAAAACUCGCCUGAAGUCCACUUUUUUGUCAUUUAAUCUUUCACACUAGUACAUUUUGAUCGACAGUGAUCAUUCAAACAGGUCAAGAAACAAAAGUAUCAGUUAUCAUUGUUGGGAGUACAUAUGGUCUAUUGCAGCCUAAUUAGGGCAUUCUUGCAGACUAAUCCAAUGGUACAAGAUGUCUUUGACCAGUCUUCGCAUGUUUGUUGCGUCCGUUACUUUCAUCCUUCCGACGUCAGCUUUUUUCAUUAACUCGUCAGCAAUUCAAGCUUGUAACUCACCACUUGGUAUCCAGAAUGGACAAAUCCCCGAUACUCACCUGAGUGCAUCCUCGUACUCUUCUUACCUCUACAUUGGAAGAGGAAAGCACAUGGACAUGCAAGCCAAAUACUGCAGACUUAACCAUCAAUUUGCAUGGUGUACAAACAAGGGGAACAAGGAAAAGUCAUGGUUGAUGGUUGAUCUUGGUCGAAUUACAAACGUGACUUCUAUUUCCACCCAAGGAUUUGCUGGUGUCAGCGACUAUUUUGUUAGUUCAUUUAAACUUGCAUAUAGCAUUGAUAGAAAUUUUUGGAAAUUUGUAAGGGAAAAUGGAGUGGACAAGGUAUUUAGGGGUAACAAGCAUGGUUUGGACAUCAAAAACAACAAGUUUAGUCAGAUUGAAGCUAGAUACAUCAAGAUCUUUCCUGUCUCCUUUUAUAUCAGAAUAUGUCUUAGGAUUGAACUCUAUGGGUGUGUUCAAGGAUCAUCCAUCCCUGCCACUGCCACUCCAACCACUCCUCUCAUUUCAACUUCAAAAAUAACACCUAGUACUUUAUCUCCCACAUCCACUACCAUUACUCAAAAACCCUCUGUAACAACUCCAAUAAUCACAAAAGCAACAAGCAUAAAACCUACAGUAAAAACUUCUGUUAAUCUGUUAAUAACACCUAGUACUUUAUCUCCCACAUCCACUACCAUUACUCAAAAACCCUCURUAACAACUCCAAUAAUCACAAAAGCAACAAGCAUAAAACCUACAGUAAAAACUUCUGUUAAUCUGUUAAUAACACCUAGUACUUUAUCUCCCACAUCCACUACCAUUACUCAAAAACCUUCUGCAAUAACAACUCCAAUAAUCACAAAAGCAACUAGCAUAAAACCUGCAGCAAAAACUUCUGUUAAUUCAACCAACUCUACAAAAUCACCUUCAAUAGCAACUUCAUUAUAUACCACAGGAAUCCCAAGCAAUCAACACUCUACCAGAGUACCAUCGUCUCAGUCAGUCUCAGCAACUUCAGCACAUCCAUCUAAAGGACCCUCAACUGUUGCAAUGACAAUGAUUCAAUCAUCCAAGGGAGUUCCUACUACCAUAGCUACCUUUAUAAAUGCCUUGCACAAAAAACACUUUAGUGAGGAUGAGAAAAAGAAGGACUUCAUCAUUACUGGAUUUAGUAUUUUUGGUGGUUUGGUGUUGCUCGUGAUUCUACCUAUAUUAAUAUUCUGCAUCGUUAAAAGAAGGAAGAGAAGUUUUAAUGUGGACUGUCAGUUAGUAGAUCUACCAGAAUAUCCCUAUAAUAUACAGGUGAAUUCUAAUGAGUCUUUCAUUGCACUAGAAAAUGACUCAGCUGUGAUACAACAAGUAUAAUCAAAUCUAGCUCUCAGGAAACAAAACAAGGUAUGACUAGGGGAAACAGCCUGGGAUUUCAGUUUAUACAAGUAGUCUGUUGGCAGGAUUCUUGCUUGGUUUAGGUUACAUAUAGUAUGGACUAGUUGGUAUUGUCAAUAACAUGAGGUUGGCAAGUACACCUGAGCGGUUUUAGGUAUGAGUGGUAAAUGAUAGGUCACAUUUAUAGCUGUUUAGUGUAGCCAUACCAUAUCUUAGCAUAACAGUAACUACAGGGACUCCUGAUUGUCUGAAUGAAUUACUUGUAGACAAUAGGAAGCCAUUUCAAUGCUACACCAUGUUAUAUCGUGUAUGUGCUGUAAGUCAGUACAGUAUGUUUCCCAUUCGUAUUUAAACCAGAAUGUUAAGCUGACAUAGUUGUGGUACAUACAACUUUACCCAGGCUAUACAGGCUUUGCACCAUCACGUGAUGGCAGCCAUGACAGGAGGCAGGAAUAAUUGAACUGUGUAAUCUGGUUUACAUGAAAAAGAAUUAUGUUUGCCAGGGAAAAACGUUGUGCCUCCUGUCAUGGCUGUCAUCACAAGAUGGUGCAAAGCCUCCAUUAAAAAAUGUGUUGUUUGAGCAAUGUUUCCUAACACACUGUAAUUUCAGACCACAUUUCAUUCCCUUGUUUGAGGUUAUAUUCACAUACAUACUCCAUGUAAGCAUUGCUUCCAUUAUAGUAUGCUAUACUAUUCAAGGGAGUGAAACUUGGUUUGAAUAUAUUACACAAACAGUUUGCUCCAAUAAAAAUAUUGCCUUAGUCAUUAAACUUGGGCAUAAUAUGUGAGGUAUAUUAUCAAUAAUUAUCAAUGAUUUGAUAACUCUUCAAAAUCAAAGUGUACUGUUUCAGUGAAAACAUGCACUAUAAUGUGUUAAAUAAUAAAUUAGAAUAUUUUGGUAUUAGGAGCUAAAAGACAGAGGAUUUUUGUCUAAAAGCAAAUCAAUCAACUGAUUCAAAUCCAAACUAUUUCAGUGUAAAUAUAUGCAAAAUCAUAAGUCUCUCAGAAACUUGUCUUUCAGUGGCUAAUAAACCUUACCCGAAUUCACUUGAAUGAUUACAAAAUAAUGGUUUUAAGUCGAGGUUGGACUUGAUGAAUAAGAGAAUCGAGUUCAGUCUCCACUUCAAACCAUUGUUCCGUGGUCAUUCAAGGAAAUUCAGGAAGGUCUAUUACAUUUUUUUUCACAUUAAAUGAAUGCUAUGUACAGCAUUUCAGUGUAAAUAGGUACAUAGUUUAAAACUUUCCAAGCACUAGUUAAUAAUUGUUGAUAAUUAUUUUUUUCUAAAUCUCCUAAACAACACUAUGUACAGUAUUUCAGUGUAGAUAUGUACAUAGAAUAAGAAUAAUAACUAUAUUUAAUAAUAAUACAAUAGCUUUAUAUUUUUUGUACUAUGUACACGAUUUCAGAGUAGAUACGUGCAUAGUUUGCGAUUAAGUACUACAAAUCUGCUCGUUAUCCGGAUUAUUAUUAAGCAAAAAUCCAAUCAUUGAUUUAAAAAUUAUAUUACACCGUUGUGACACAAUAAUUGUAUACUGUUAUACAGUGUUCCAGUGCAAACAUGUAUUUCAUAUAACUAUAUUUAUGAAUGUUCUAUAGAAAAUGUACAGUAUUUCAGUGAAAAUAUGCACACUUAAAUCUAUGUACUGUCUUGGGGUGAACAUGUAAUUUUAUAAGCAAAGAUUUUGAGCCAAUAUGUUGCCUUUGACUGUAAAAACUGUUGUAACACACAGCUGUUUUAAUGUUAACAUAUGAUUAUACAUUGUCUCAGCAUAGAGAGAAAGUAGGUAGACUAGGAGCAUAAGUACAGUGUUUCUUCCAUUAAUAUUUUGUUGAAAGAAUAUUUUUCUUCUUUUUAUUAUUUUUAUAUGCUGUUCCAGAGUGAACAUAUAUGAUAGGAAAAUAUUUAUUAAUCUAUAGGUUAAUUUUCUAAUUCAGAGCUUAUGAUAAUCUCAUAGUAAUAUUAAUGAAAUUUCUGGAAUAUGUACAGUAUUUCAGUGAAAAUAUGUACAUAGAGGUAAUGAUUUUAUAUACUGUUCCAGUGAGAACAUAUAUUUAUUUCUUAAACUUUAUUUAUAUUUUUUAAUACAACAGUAUGGAACUAGAAAUGCCUUUAUUUGAUAAUACAGUGUAAUGACAGUAGUUUAUUGUUAUAAAUCUUUAUCAAAUUUGCUCGAGUGACUGUGAUAAAUACAGCUCGAAACUUCAUGAAUAAUUAAUGAGCAUUUAGACCUAUCGGGUCCUUCAAAUUCAUCACGUGCAUGGAUCUUUAUACCUGAUAAUAGCUCAACAUGGAUAUCUUUAUAUAAGGAUUUCCAAAUUAUUUAUGAUUUUUUGAACUGUCUUUCAAUAAAUUCGCAGAUCGUGUUUAAUAUCAGGUCUAAAAACCCUCAGCUACACCUUGUGGUUUUAAACCUGAUAUAACACUCCUGCUUAUUUAUCAAACUAUACUAAAUAGAUAACUACAUCAUGUCCAUGUACUUCAACUCAAAACCAAUAUUAUUGUUGUGGUCACUUAAGUGAAUUCAACUAAGGUCUAUACAUUGAAUCAAAAUAAGGAGAAAAUUCGAAUAUCUAUUCUGAACUGACUAUCCUCUCAAUGUGUGAAAAUAAGUGUUUCCACAUGAACGCAAGGCCAGUCAAAUGUUUUCCCUAUAUUUUGGUUUGGUGUAUAAUUUUGACUUUUGCAACUCUUGAUUCUCUGUGGAGAUUUGAGACCAAAGCAAUGGAGUAGGAAGAGGGGGAGGGGGGGGAUUGUUCGAUGCUUACUUGCUCCGGGGGCUGUUGAAGGCUUUAUUGCUCCUGGGGAUAUCAGAGGCUUUUUUGCACCAGUCCUCAAACAGUUAGACAGUGCCAUAAGGUCUUGGGUUAUCAUGUGAAACAAGGCAAAUGAUCACAACGCCAGAGCAAGAAAGCCAUCCGAACAAUGGUAUAGGGACACCCUACCUUUGGUUUGGGAGGUCCAGUAAGCUAUUUUCAAAUCCUAGGCUUGCUAUACCAAGGUUUACAAGUUAAAACGAUUUGGAUAUUUUCUAUAUAUCCACUGUGUCUGUCUGUCACAGUGUUCCAGUGAGAGCAUGUGCCGGUCAUUGUUCUCUUUACAUAGUUAAUAGAUAAUGUUAUCAAAAUUAAUUUUCUAUAUUAUAUUUUUUGUUUAAUAUCUGGUACGAUAUUCCAGUGCGAAUAUGUGCAGGUCAGUUGCUGGCUAUGAUAAAUUUGUCGUAGAAGUUGGGUACCCUUUGUGCAGACAUUAAGCCUUUUCCUUCCCUCCCUUGAAAGAAAAUCGACAAAAGUUCCACUAGCUGUUUAACCAUUUUUUUUCCUGCAAGGGAGGGGUAGGUAAGCAAUGGCUGAACACAAGAUUAAUUUAAGUUGUAAUGUGAAAAUAGACCUUUCCAGAAUUCUCUUGAGUGGCCGCAAAACAAUGCUGGCAUAUCGAGGUUGGACUUCUCGUUUUGUUGAUACAUUAAAGGUAUUUUAUGAAGUCCAAUCUCAACUUGCAGCAAUUAUUUUGUCGUCACUCAAGCCAUUUUAGAAAUCUUGAUUGUUAGUCAGACAUUUUUAUUUUAAACUUGUUCAGGUUAUAACCAGACAUGUUUUGAAUUGCCCCACCUCAUAGUCAGUGUAUAAUUUUUUUUAAAUAAACCAAUGGGUUUAAUAUAAAAAAUGUCUUACUAACAUUCAAGUCUAUCAGUUUCUUUUCGUUACACCGUCCUUUUGAAUUCUCGAAAGGUCUAUCUUCAUAAUUUGUUACAUAAUUUUUCAAUAUAUGUUGGGCUACCUGUGGUAUAAUUCGUCUGGCGUAGUAUUCGAGUGGGGAUAUAUGCUGGUAAUAGUUCUCGUUGACAGACUUUGAUGACUUGUCGAAGUUAAGGUAAAAUAAAUCAUAUAUUACCAAAUUCAAUAAAUUUAACAUUGAAAUA